UCUUCACUUUCACAGCAGAAAUUGCCUUGCAGAUGGCUGAUAUCACAGCACGAGCUAACGAAGCCCCGGGUGUGCUUUUCCUCUCUUUGUCAGGACCCACCAUGUCCGACAAGCCAGAUUUUGCAGAAAUCGAAACAUUUGACAAGACCAAGCUGAAGAAGACAGAAACCAGAGAGAAAAAUCCAUUGCCCACCAAAGAAACUAUUGAACAAGAAAAGCAAAGCGAGAGCGCAUCCUGAGCGUCAGAGAGAUGCUGCUGCUUCUUCAGUGGGGUUUGGGCUCCUGAGCUGGGUUUUGUUUCCCCUCCCUCCCUCCUUCCCCUCAGUGCUUGUUGUCCAUUUCAUUUAGCAAACACUCGCUCCUUUCAUGUUCCCAGGAAGAAGUUUGUUUUGUGCUUGUUGAACAACGUACUUUGUAUCCUUAAAUCGGAAACCCAAAGUUCUGUACCACCCCCAUCACUUCCAAAAAAAAAAAAAAAAGAAAGAAAAAAAAUGUUUUCCUAAACCUCACAAUGAACAAGUUUCUUCCAACCAGCUGUGUCUGAGACUUUGCAAGUGGGAAUUGCAGGGUAAAUCCUACAACAAACAUGGCUGCGGGCAGCAGCUCCCUCUGCACGCACAGGGGAUGCUUCGAGCCGAUGGUGUGACCACAUGUGCCUUCACCUGCCCACACCAAAUGCAAAAGAGCAUUUCGGGAGAGCUCCAAGGGGCAAAUCUUAGGUACUAACAGCUCCUACCUUUUU